GGAAGAUAAGGAAAGGUAGCCGUAUAGAUUGCAUUUUGACUUCAUUUAUCUGCCAUAACAAGAAGUGUGCAGACUAAGUGAAUAAUCAUGGUGUACAAUUAUACAAAACCCAGGGGGCCUAUUGCUGCCAUGUACAGCAGCCCAGGUCCAUGUUAUGGACUUCCUGGAUUGGUGGGACAAAGCCAUCAUGACCCUAGGAGUUUGCAUAAUAAGGGACCAGCUUAUCCCUUCGGAGUCCGACAUGGAAAAUUCCAGGAUGAUUGCAGCCCCGGCCCCCGUUACUUGCUUAACUCUAAGGUGUACAGAAAUGGUGUUGAUGGCACCCCCCAUUAUUCACUGUAUGGAAGGCAAAAGGACAGCACCCAGUUCAAAGUGCCAGGCCCAGGUGCCUACAGCCCUGAGAAUGUUGGACCCACUGCUCAUUACAGACACCCAGCAUACAGCUUCGGCACACGUCACCAAAACAGGAAGACAGACAACACACCAGCUGCUAACAAGUACUCCCUUCCCUCUAUGACUGGCAAAACUGUGCAGAGUGGCAAGAAACAGUCUCCAAUCUAUUCCAUGACUGGUCGCCAAACACAGGGAGCUUUCAGUGAAGAUUUAGCCAAGUCCCCAGGACCUGGCACAUAUGAUAACACUGAUCCUAAUGCAUACAAAUCCAAAGCUGCUUUGUACAGUAUGACCAGUAGAAAUUUGAUGCCUGGUGACAACACACAGAAACCAGGACCUGGUGCUCACUCACCAGAGAAUGUGUACAUCAAUAAGAAGCAAUCUCCAGUGUUUUCUUUUGGAAUUCGUCAUUCACAGUACUUGGCACCAUUAAUAGUUGAGGUCCAGGACUAGACUGUAAAAAUGGGAACAUGAUUUGGAUUUACAACAACAGUUGAAUUCUGUACAAUAAUAUUUACAUUCCUGCCAAUAUUUCAGAAAUGAUGUAUUCAAAUUUUAUCUUUUCAUUUUUGUUAAUGGAACUUUUCCACUCUCUCUCCGUCCAUAGCUCUGGCUGUGAUAUUUCUUAGAUGUUUUAAUCCAUGUUUUAGAUAUAGGUACUGUAACUGUUGUCUUUCAGUUGAGUUUCAUGGUAAAUGUUAUUUUUUUCUUCCCAGUGAGUUAUUUGAUUAAACCAGAGCUCAGAAUUUGUGUCCGAGAUAAAAUUCAGUCAGUAUUAACGAAAUGUCACAUUCAGGGUCAGAUUUGUUGAAAUAUAAAAGAGAAUUUAUUUCUAUAUAGUUAUAUGUUACUGUAGUCGAUGUGUGUAGAACUAUUUUUCUUUUAAUAGGAAAAAUGAUUUUGAGUUUUUUAUUGUCAUGUUUGUAACGAUGACAUUCUUUUUUGUGAUAUCUUAAGUA